GACCUGGGCUCCAUCUGCACCACUGUCCCCAAAGCCAUGCACAAUUCCCUCUGGCACACCAGGAACAUCUCCUACACAGGAUGUGUUGCUCAGCUCUUUUUCUUUCUGUUCUUCAUCUCAGCAGAGCUUUCCCUCCUGACCAUCAUGUGCUACGACCGCUACGUGUCCAUCUGCAAACCCCUGCACUACGGGACCCUCCUGGGCAGCAGAGCUUGUGCCCACAUGGCAGCAGCUGCCUGGGCCAGUGCCUUUCUCUAUUCACUGCUGCACACAGCCAAUACAUUUUCCCUGCCCCUGUGCCAUGGCAAUGCCCUGGGCCAGUUCUUCUGUGAAGUCCCCCAGAUCCUCAAGCUCUCCUGCUCCAAAUCCUAUCUCAGGGAACUUGGGCUCAUUGUGUUUUCAGUCUCCUUAGCAAUUGGCUGUUUUGUGUUCAUUGUUUUCUCCUAUAUGCAGAUCUUCAAGGCUGUGCUGAGGAUCCCCUCUGAACAGGGACGGCACAAAGCCUUUUCCACCUGCCUCCCUCACCUGGCUGUGGUCUCUCUGUUUAUCAGCACUGCAGCAUUUGCUCACCUGAAACCCCCCUCCAUCUCCUCCCCAUCCCUGGAUCUCUCAGUCUCUGUUCUGUACUCAGUGGUGACUCCAGCACUGAACCCCCUCAUCUACAGCCUGAGGAACCAGGAGCUCCAGGAUGCCCUGCAGAAAAUGAUGACCAUAUCUUUUCAGGGACAAUAAAGUCCGUCUUUUCUGCUCCAGAACAUUCAGAAUGUCACUCCUUACAAUCUUGGCCUUUAUUUUUUUAUUUGUCAAUUUUUUC